AUGUCGCAGUUUCGGGUGGUCGAGCACACGGUCCGAGCCCAACAUAUCCGAGACCGAUUCGGCGCGACGGAACCAGGCCAAGCGAACAAGCUACGUCUGGCGGUAAAACAAUACAUCCCGAAAUCGAACGAAAAGCCAUCUCCGGGCGAUGUCACGAUUAUUGGUGCGCACGCGAACGGGUUUCCCAAGGAACUGUACGAGCCAUUAUGGGAUGACCUGGAACAGCGAAUGAGGUCCAUGGGCAGGAAUAUUCGCAGCAUAUGGAUCGCAGAUGUUGCUCACCAAGGCCAGAGUAGUGUCUUGAACGAGAGAAUUCUUGGCAAUGAUCCUAGCUGGGAUGAUCACGCGAGAGAUCUCCUCUUUUUGAUUAAUCAGUAUCAAGAUGAGAUGCCCCAUCCUAUCAUCGGAGUCGGACAUAGCAUGGGUGGCAUGCACCUCGCCAAUUUAGCAUUGCUGCACCCAUCGCUCUUCCAGGCUCUUGUUUUGAUCGAUCCCGUCAUUCAGACCGAGAACCCCAGCAAGGACUAUGCGCCUGCCUCGAGCUACAGACGCGACAUAUGGCCCACAAAGCAAGACGCCAUACAAAGGUUUCAAAGCAACAGGGUAUAUCAAAAAUGGGACCCACGUGUGCUGGAAAAAUUCGUGGAAUAUGGACUUCGUGAAGGGCCGACCGAGAUAUAUCCGGAGCCUAGUGAACUCGGCCCACGACCAGUGACAUUGACCACCCCCAAAGCCCAGGAAGUAUUUACGUUUCUGCGACCCACGUACGAAGGAGGAAGAGUAGAUCUUGAGCAAGGUGAAUGGCAAAACGACAUGCAUCCGGACGAUUUAGAGGAGAGCUAUCCGUUUUACCGACCAGAACCGGCGCAGCUUUUCCGUCGUUUGGGCGAGAUGAAACCCAGCGUUCUGUACGUCUUUGGAGAAAGUUCCGAAUUAUCGUCACCCGCCGCUCGUCAGGCCAAGAUGGACGUCACAGGUACUGGUGUUGGUGGAAAUGGUGGCGUUAGUCGGCAACGAGUGAAGGAGGUGACGCUGCCAACAGGACAUUUAAUUCCAAUGGAACGAGUUAUGGAUUGCGCCAAUGCGAUUGCUACAUUUAGCGAUGCUGAACUGUCUAGAUGGAACGCCGAGCGCCAGAAGCACCUUCAGAGGUGGAAUGAUAUACCGCGUCGCAACAAGAUCACGGUCGAUGACAAAUGGAAACAGCAUAUCGGCACAUUAUCGAGGAAGCCCAAACUCUGA